AUGCCCAUGACUCACGAGCCAUCAGCGGAGUACGUGGUGCUUCGGGCGGUAUCGGGACGCACCGCAAGGCUUUACCAGCCCCACACCUACUCCCACCUUCUAGAGGUGGCCGAGAGCCAGUUGGGCUAUCAACGGAACAGCGUAAAGAUUGUUUACAAAGGGGCCGUCCGAAGUGUGGCCGACCUCACCUCAACCCCCCCUGCCGAGGCUGGCGGGACGACUUCAAACCGCAGCCAUGACCAUACCCAUACCAAUUAUAAUGACAACAGCGACGAGAAGGACGCGCAGGGGCUGAUCAACUGGGAUUUAGUAGGAGUCCUCCCCACGGCACCGCAGGCAUCGGUAGGGGGGGUCUCCCUCCGCCCCGCCUGUUCCCCAACGGCGGCCGCCUCUCCUCUUCCGCCACCACCUCCUUUUUCCCCCGAUUCCGCGAAGGGGGAGGAGGGUGUGGCAUCCAAAGUCAUCGUGGUUUUCGGGAGGCCAUCUCGGAGAAAAGUAGACGCGUCACCAAACGCACCGACGAGGGCGCGUGGGCGAGGGCAGGGAGGGGGUCUUCAUCUUCUCCCCUCCUCCAUCGGGGGCUCGACGCUGGUGAUGCACAGCAACUCCAACUCUGGGGGGCUGAUGUCGCCGGCGCUCGUUCCGGGCAACGUCGCGCCGGGGUUUGAGGGGCCGCUGCCGUACCCUCACUGCCCACACGGGCUUCAGGAGAUGUUCACGAUUGCUAACCAGGUGUGGGGGUCCGACCAAAACCUCUCCUGUUAUCCGUGGGAGCUUUACGACCAUCCGACGGUGCAGUUCAUCGCAUCGGAGGUCAGCGGGGAUAUCGGCAACCUCGAGAAGAUUCUCAAGCAAAUUCACGCCAGCUGUCCUUCUCUCUUUCAGUGGAUUUCGUAUUAUCCUCGACGCUUCUUGCGUCUGAUCAACCGCGAGAGGCCGGGUAACGAGAUUCUCGCGCUCCGACACCUCGCGAAGGAGAUGACCUGGGAGUCGGAGAACGGCUCCUCCUGGUGUCUGCUGCAGCUUCAGGAUGGCUCGAACAUCCAUCAUGUGAACAUCGUCCUCGAAGUCGAGGGAAAUGUUGAGGAAAACGCACUUGAUGAUGAUGGGGACUGGCUAGGCAUCUCCUGCGAUGAGGAGAGCAUGAACUUUGAGUUUGAAGUUGAAGAGGCGAACCUCGGAUCGGAUGGUGAGGCAAAGAAUUCCACCUCUGAGGCAGACGAGUCUCACACGAGCGAAGCGGCACUGUGUGAGCCCGUUAUGAAACCUGAACUGGUUAAACCCCACGGUGAGAUUCCUCUCCUGCGGCCUGAUGUGUCCACUGAUCACAUGGAAGGGCACCCGGAGGCCUUAAAAUCGGUAAAUGCUUUUACCGAUGUGCACCACGGCGAGCCCUACAUGGACGAUGUCUCAUCCCACGAGAAAGACGCACCCGUUUCACACCCAACGAGCCGGCUGUGCUCCUCGACGGAAUCCGCCUCUAGGGCGGCGCGGGCCGAGGUGGUCUAUCCAACGGGUUUGGAAAAAUGCCACCCGAGUAAGACCCUAUCAAUGCCCCCACAACUGGGGGACAUCAUUCAGCAGAGCAUGGAAUCCCAAAUAUGCCAGAUGCUCCAUCUCAUCGAUUGCUAUCUCAGCCUCGACGAGAACCAGAACCUCAACGACCUCCGAACCUUUCACAGCAUGCUCCAAGAUAUUAGUGCCCAGAUCAUGGACGAAAUCAGCACCGACCUGGCCUCUCCAGAAAAUGUGGAGGGCUUCAAUUGGAUCACCCAAAAGGCUGGUGGGGUUUUCUUCCCUCGCGUCGAGGAGUUCUACCUUGAGCUCGCCAAGCAUGGCGUCAACGGGGCGGUGUUUGGCUCCAACCCGGACGAAUCCCUCGCGGCGUGGGCCUGCAAGGCGGCCAUUCACCAGCAGCUCACCUGUGAGGCGGUGCGGCUUGCCGAGCUCAGCCACACGGAGGUCGCCCCGCCCGCGAACGAUCUCAAGGAGGAGGAGCGCCAGCCUAAAAAAAACCCACUACGCGCCGGCGCGCUGCGGAACCUCCCGGCGGACUACUUUCCACUGAUGAAUCCCUGCGUUCGUUGGAUUAGCGCGGCAGGCCCGUAUUUACUCCUGCAGGAGCUCCUCGACACCUGUGCGAGGCAGGGCGGGAGUAUGAUCGUGUGGUACUCCAGCCACUACGCCCCUUCAUCUUCUGGGGAGGGGCUGCGUAGCGUAGCGUACGUCCUUGGUGGGGUGGCUGGGGUGCGCGCGCGGCGACUUUCCAUUACACCGGCCGUCUACGACGACUGGCGGGCCACCACGCUGCGUUGUCUGCGGGUAAUUCGACACGCGAGCGGAGGCGGAGGGGGGGUGGGGGAUACCAUCCGAGCGGAGUGGCAGCGCUGCAUGCGCGUCGGUUAUCAACACUUCGUGGAACCUCUCCAGGGGCUGCUGCCGGCUUCCCCGCCCGCCUCGAGUGGAGGGGUGGUAUACGUGAUCGAUACGCGGCUGCAGCCGGUGCCGUCAAACGACGAGCGCUUCGUGGCGGCCUCGGGGAUCGGGCUGGGGAUUUGGUUUGGUUGCCUUUGCGAUUCCCAGCGGAUUACGUGCAUGGAGCGGUGGUGCGUCGCAACCUCGGCGUUGCCGUGGAAGGUGCAGCUCGCACAUGAGGCGUUUCCUUACGUCUUUUCGGAUACCGACAAGAUCGCCCACGUUGUGGCGCUCACCUCCGAGGAGGGUGGCGAAGAAAAAGGGGGGAGUCCGUCCGAGUGGUUGUCGUCAGGGUUAAGAGAGCAGCUGCGCGUGGCGCAGGGGCCACUCAACGCGAGCGGGAUCACGCAGAGCCACGCCAUCGUUCUUCACGAAAGUAGCUGGAACCAUACUGGGGUUGCGCGGACCUCCGGGCCUGAGGCGAGGAUCUACCGCGCGUCCAUAUCGCAUAACGGCCUCACGCCGCGCCUCGUUGGGGACUUGCAUGUUGUCGAUGAUUGCAGCGGGGAAACAGGGGAGGUGGAUCCCGAGGAGGUCCUUCAGAGGAAUUUGGUGGACCUGUAUACCUACCGAGCCACGCUCCUCCACACCAUAGCCUUCCCUUCUCCCCGAAAUGAAGAUCAUGGCAGCUUUUACAAGAUGUUUUAUGACAAGUUGUUUAACAUUCCAAGCAUGUCGUUAGCUGCUGCGCUGCGCGAGACGAAUCUCGAGCGCAUCCGGCGUCAUCACGCGCCGUGGCUGGGGAUCGAGCACGCUUUGUUUGAUUACGGCGGUCCCCUCGAGUCGUGGGGUACCGCCGUGCAUCACGCCGCCCGUCGGCAGUACGCCGAGUUCCACAAUAUUAAUAGCAUUUAUGAACGGAUGCUAAGCUGCUUGGUGGCGACCCGGCCACGCAGCGAGGCGGCGGUUCUAGAUCAACUAAUCCAAUAUGUGGAGAGCUCGCAAACGGAGCUGGAGCACCGAGAGAAUGGCGGCGACUCUAGCACCGGCCCCACAAUUGCCGUAACGCUAUCGAACCCCACGACUCAAAUCCGUGAUUACCCCGAAUUAACGCAAGUUCGCCCAGUGGAUCCGAAAACAAGUACCACUGCAAUGGGCACGACUGAGUCGAGGGCUCGUUUUUCACCGCAUCCACCAGUGCAGGCGAAGAUGAAGAGUGGCCGAAGAAAUGCUCGCUACACUAAGAAAAAGUAG